AGCCAGCCAGCCAGCCAGCGGGGCGCCAAGAUGUCUUCGGUGCAGACGUCCCGCAGACAAUGGUGCUACUUGUGCGACCUGCCCAAAAUGCCGUGGGCCAUGAUCUGGGACUUCAGCGAGGCCGUGUGCCGCGGCUGCGUCAACUUCGAGGGCGCCGACCGCAUCGAGUUCCUCAUCGAGACGGCGCGGCAGCUCAAGAGGAACCACGUCCUGCAGGAGGGGCGCUCGCCGGGGCCGCAGGGGGUCAAGCACGCCAAGGACGGCGGCGCGGCCCUGGAGCGCUACGAGCGCGGCCGCCUGUCCGCGGGCGGCGGCGGCGGCGGCGGCGACUACGGGCUGCUGGCCGCCGUCUCCGGGCUGGGCGCGCGCCCCGCCGCGCUCGCCAUGGCCGCGCCGAUGCUGGGCGAGCUGGCCAAGCCGGCGGCGGCGGCGGCGGCGGCGGCGCGCGCGGCCUACGCGGACUACGAGAAGGAGAAGGCGCGCGGCGCCGAGUGCCACGCCGAGCUGAACGAGGCCAUGCGCGGGCGCGCCGAGGAGUGGCACGGCAAGCCCAAGGCGGUGCGCGAGCAGCUGGCGGCGCUCUACGGCUGCGCCCCGUUCAACGUGCGCUUCAAGAAGGACCACUCGCUGGUGGGGCGCAUCUUCGCCUUCGACGCGGCGCCGCGGCCGGGCUACGAGUUCGAGCUGAAGCUCUUCGCCGAGUACCCGUGCGGCUCGGGCAGCGUGUACGCGGGCGUGCUGGGGGUGGCGCGGCAGAUGUUCCAGGACUGCCUCAAGGACCCGGGCAAAGUCAUCUCCUCGGGCUACAAGUACCUGGAGUACGAGAAGCGGCACGGCGCGGGCGACUGGCGCCUGCUGGGCGAGCUCUUCACCGAGGGCGUGCGCUUCUUCCGCGAGGCGCCCGCGCCCGACGCGCUGCCGCAGCAGUUCCUGGACAGCAACUGCGCCAUGCCGCCCAGCCUGCUGCUGCGCGCCGUGCCGCCCUCGCGGGCCGUCAUGCGGCGGCGCAAGGCCUCCCCCGAGCCCGACGGCGAGCUGGCCGGCAAGCUGAGCAGCGAGGAGCAGCAGCAGCGGCAGCACUGGCUGCCCCACGGGGCCGCCGCCGCCGCCGGCCUCUACCCGGCCGGCCUGGCCCACCUGCCCGCCUCCGCCGGCCCGGGGCCCCUGCCCGAGGGCGCCCUGCGCAACGACCCCUCCCCCAUCACGGCCCUCAAGAACGUGGCCGACACGCUGGGCAACAAGGAGGCCAACCCGGUCCACUCCACCACCGCCCGGCAGAACAGCGCCAGCCCCGCGUCGCCGGCCGCCUCGGGGCAGCACCGGCUGGUGCCCCGCAGCAGCGAACCGGGCCAGGCGGCCACCACCUCCUCCUCCUCCUCCUCCUCGUCCUCCUCCUUGGGGGCCCACUCUUCCGGAGGGGUGGAGCCCAGCGGCACGCAGAGCGCCCCCGACUCCUCUGGGGGGGCCAGCAGUGCCCCCCUGUGCUGCACCAUCUGCCACGAGCGGCUGGAGGAUACCCACUUCGUCCAGUGCCCGUCCGUGCCGGGGCACAAGUUCUGCUUCCCUUGCUCCCGGGAUUUCAUUAAAGCCCAGGGAGCGGCCGGAGAGGUCUAUUGCCCCAGCGGGGAGAAGUGCCCCCUCGUGGGCUCCAACGUCCCCUGGGCCUUCAUGCAGGGCGAGAUCGCCACCAUCCUGGCCGGAGACGUGAAAGUAAAAAAGGAGCGCGACCCGUGAAAAGCGAGAGCGGCUGGGACCCGGGACGCCAGGCCAGGGGGGACCUGAGCCCCCACCUCACCCCCUGUCCACGGUGGCCGUGACUGGAAUUAGUAACUUAUUCCCUGCCCCGCAAGGCCCUCUUUAACCCACUGUGGACUGGGGUAUUGUAUAUAAAUCUAUUUUUUAAAUAAUAUUUCCAUAGCGAGCUUAUAUAAGAAGCGACAUCUACAUAACCUACUAUGGGGGUCUGACUGGGGAAGGGGUGUGUGGGAAAGCGAUCGUGCUGCUUGGUCGCAGGAUGGGAAGGGAGUUGGCCGACGGGGCGAAGGAGGGCAGGGUUCCCGAGACGAGUGUUUCUAGGUGCUGUUCUGUCACCCGCACACCCCAGCCCCAUUCCUGCGUUUCUGGCUACGUCUCCAGCUUCCACACCAAACAUCCUUGGCAUCGUAGCCCUGUUCCCACAAGCACGGAGGAGGCCUCCGAAUCCAGCGCCCGUUUCGCCUGCCCCCCUCCCCAUGAACUAAGCCACCCCCACCUGUGCACCCCUUCCUUGGGCAUUGUGUAAUGGGAGAAUCCUAAAUUUGUGCAGCUUUAUGGGGAGUCUAAACUUCUGUAACUAGCCAGGUUGGAUUCUGUUCUGGGCGGGGAGGGGAGGGGAGGGAGGUAAGGGAAUGAGAAUCAUGGCAGGAUGGGGGCGGGGGGGCGAGGAAGGGUCCGUAAAACUGGGGGAUAAGGGUGCACAGGAGAGGUGGAGGUGGAUAAAGUGCCUCUUGUGUAGAAUUUCUUUUUGAUUGAUGAGGGGGUAUUUUUCAUACCAAAAGACUAAGCAUGCACGCCAAAAAUAGAAAAAAUGUGUAAGUUGGGGGUGGGAACAGAAAGGAAACCUGGAACUAAAGAUUUGACAUAUUUUUCAUUCCCAGUCCUUGAUUUGUGCAAGACUCCAAAACAGUUUAUUCAGUAAAUGGAAUAAGGGCCUUGUUUCAGGGGUCCUGGGGAUGGUCAGGCGGCCCGUGCGGUGUCCACCAUGGCUAAGCAGGGCUGGGGCUGGCCUGGGGGGAGAGCGCCCGAGAACCGCAUGAGGCCACCUUGAGUUCCACAUUGAGGUGGAGAGGAAGCUCUUCCGUACGGACCCGAUCCACCAAGUCCUCCCGCGGUAAUGAAUGGCAGAUGUUCACAUGCAAGUUGUAUGGCUUUUACUGUGGGGGGGGGUUUUACCUGUACUCCGCUUUGGGAUUAUGUUAUAAUAAAAGUAGGUAAUACAUUUUAUAAAUAAAUAAAUAAGCAAGUAAUCGUUGCAGUGAAGGGCAUCCUGGCUGCUCAGGGCACGUGCCUAAAUUGGCUGCAGGGGGGAAGGCAAGAGGCAGGGAAGGAAUCGCUGUAUUUCGAUUCUCGGCCCCAGUCAAAAUUACAGUACGGUAAAAUAGGAACCCAAGGCAGCUUAGAACUACAAAGAUGGCGGGGGGAGUCUCCUGAAUGGCAUCCUUAGCCAGCUGUAAACGGGGAAAUUUUACUUUUUUAUUUGGGGGCGGGCGGUCAGAUGGCCAGGGCAGCCCCGCAUCAGUGCCGGGGAGGGAGACGGGGCAGGCAGCGGCUGUGAUGUGGAGGUAAGUCAGCUGCAAGCGCCCCCCCGCCCCCCCGAACGUCAGACGUGUCUGGUUGUGCAUCCGUGUCCUGCACCGGCAGGUGGCUUUUGCCGGCGUUGUGUGUCUUUGUGUUGCUGUGUGGGGCUGGGUGGGAGAGCAACGCAGAGGCUCCCGGGGGCUCGGUUCCCACGUUUUUAUCAUUGCGGGGAGACAAUAAACAAAAGGAGGGAGAGAGAAUGUUAAAUUUGUUUUUGUAUUUCUUUUACUCGUCUCUGUCAAUAAACUUGAUUAACUUUUUUCCACUUA